ACAUGCAACCCACAGUGAUGAGAGCGAGAUUUGCUCAGUAGAAGCCGCCGAAGCCGAAGAUAUCGACAAAGCCGUUGCCGCAGCAAGAAAGGCAUUUAAGGGAGAAUGGAGAGACAUUGCCAGCACAGAAAGAGGAGAACUCAUGAUCAAGUUGGCCAACUUGAUUGAACAACACAAGGAGACCCUCGCAACGAUUGAGACAUGGGACAAUGGCAAGCCAUACUCAGUGGCAUUGAACGAGGACCUGGGUGAGGUCAUCGGCACGCUCAAGUACUACGCCGGAUACGCAGAUAAGAUCCACGGACAAGUCAUCGACACCACACCUGCCAAGUUGGCUUACACAAUUCGCGAGCCGAUCGGUGUCUGCGCCCAGAUCAUUCCCUGGAACUACCCCCUCGCCAUGGCAGCAUGGAAGCUUGGUCCCGCUCUCGCCGCUGGAAACACCAUCGUCCUCAAGCCCGCCGAGCAAACUCCCCUCGCUAUCCUCUACCUCGCCAACUUGAUCAAGGAGGCUGGUUUCCCUCCAGGUGUCGUCAACAUUGUGAACGGCUAUGGUCGUGAAGCUGGAUCUGCUCUUGUGCAGCAUAUGGAUGUCGACAAGGUUGCUUUCACCGGCUCCACCGCCACUGGUCGCGAGAUCAUGAAGAUGGCCGCUGUCAACCUCAAGAACAUCACCCUCGAGACUGGCGGCAAGUCUCCCCUCCUGGUCUUCGACGACGCAGACCUCGACCAAGCAGUCAAGUGGGCACACAUCGGUAUCAUGUCGAACCAAGGCCAGAUCUGCACAGCUACUUCUCGUAUCCUGGUACAGGAUGGCGUCUACGACAAGUUCAUCUCGGCAUUCAAGGAGCACUGCAAGGAGACCAGUGUAGUCGGCGAUCCCUUCAAGGAGGAAACUUUCCAAGGCCCUCAAGUCACAAAGCAACAAUACGAGCGCGUGUUAUCCUACGUCGAGGCCGGCAAAUCCGAGGGGGCCACGCUCAUCUCUGGCGGCGAGCCUUGCAAGCAAGACGGCAAGGGCUUCUUCGUCAAGCCCACCAUCUUCGCCGAUGUCAAGGACAACAUGAAGAUUUACAAGGAGGAAGUUUUUGGUCCUUUCGUUGUCAUUUCGUCCUUCAAGGAUGAGCAGGAGGCUGUCGAUAGAGCCAACAACACCACUUAUGGUCUGGGUUCUGCUGUGUUUACGCAGGAUAUCACCAAGGCUCACCGUGUAGCGAGAAACAUCGAGGCUGGUAUGGUAUGGAUUAACUCGAGCAAUGACUCGGACUUCCGUAUCCCCUUCGGUGGUGUCAAGCAGAGUGGUAUCGGCAGAGAGUUGGGUGAGGCUGGUCUUGAAGCCUACACAAACAAGAAGGCCAUCCAUGUCAACUUGGGCACCAAGCUGUAAAGAGUUAAAUGGAUGAAGAGCCAUGUCGUUUUUACUUGUAUGUAGCUAUGAUAGCU